AUGAAUUGGGCCGAACGACGUGAAUUCGAGUUCGACUUGACCAAAUCGCCAGUAAUGGUCGAUUUCGACUUUCAAGCAAUUCGUGUAGUUUUUCUGGAUGCGCUCACAAGGAAGCUGGGCACAACAACAGCAGUGCAUAAACUGUACUCGAUCCACGGCAACAAAGUGCAUCAUUUCGCCGAAUUGGAAAACAAUGGCGAGUAUGUUGCCGUUGAACGCGGUCCAUUCAUCGAUUGUAACUAUGGAGCACAUCGUGUGUGGACCCAAAUGGAAAAAAAAUGGACAUCAUUAGUCCGAGUAACUGAGAGCAAACCUAUUUUUCUGAACUCAGGCGACAGUAUGGAUAUAUACCUGAAAAAAGAAGGGUACGGCAGCACUACCUGCUUACCCUAUCCGCUUGAUGGACUUUCAAAGAGCCCUACUGUAUCAAACUUCUAUUUAGGAGGAUCGUCGAAGAAGAAGGUAAAAAAUUCCUAG